CCACCAGCCGCUUAGCCAUGGACCUCUCGAUCCCGUUCCUGCUGCUGGUCCAGGGAAUCAACACGUUGCUGAACUGGUCCCUGGUGUUGCUGGUCCACCAAUCCCACCUGGGUCUCACCAGUAGCUUCAUGGGGACCUUCUGUGCCUCUUUGACGUUGGUGGACACUCUCUUCACUGUCGUGGAGCUGACCAUUUACAGGCUGCAGGACUUCAGCCUCUUUGGCGUGCGGUUCACGACCCAGCACAUAUGUUUGCUGGUGCAGAUAGCAGGAUUCGUCUACAGCACGCUGCAGUGGCCUGUGCUGUUUGCGGCUGGGCUCGACCAUUAUGGAUCUUUCCCGGUUGGAUCUAAGCAAACUUGCCGGAAUCUGAAGCUGAAUUAUGCAGCCUGUGCUGUCUUGCUGUGGGUAGUUGCACUGCUCUAUGUGUUUUUAGGGUCUGGCUGCCACCCAGUGGUGGAGGAUUCUCCUCACCUGCUUUUGGAUCACUGCCUGACUCAGAGAAACUGGACAAGCUCCCAGAUUUCCUUUGCCCUGCUGAUGACUGUGGCUUGCAUCAGGCUGUACGCUAGGAUGAUGGUCAGUAAAGACAAGCCUACGGAGGAAGCCAACAGGCACCCUGUGCAAAAAUCUCAAAACUGUGAUCACUCAAGGCUACACAUCCUGGAUCAGGCCCUCAUCACGUUCACUAGGACCUGGGCUGCUUUUCUAAUACUGAUGGUAGUCAUUCUGGUCUGGCAGAUAGACGUGCCGUCACACUUGAUGAUGAAUGUUCCUUGGCUAUCUUUCCUCAACAGUUUCCUGAUAAGUGUAUCUCUAUGCACACAUGACCAAAAGCUAAAUGCAUAUAAGAGCUUAACAUUUACUGAUGGCUUCUGCCAGUGGAAUUUUGCUUUUACUGAUGGGUAAUGUGACAAAUUGUUUAAAUAUGUUGAGGCUAACAAUUGUUUUGCACUGGUUGUACUUAAAAUCUUCCUGUACUGGUUGUACCUGAUAUCUGGUUGUACUUAUCAACAAUCAUGGUAAAAUAAUUCAGGGUUUCCAGAGUUUCCAAACUUUUGGAGAGCCCUUCUGUACUUCAA